AAGGUCACGUCCUGGUCCACCUCCCGCGUCCCCCCGCGUCCCCCUUCCCACCCGCAAAGCUGGGGCUUCAGUUCCCUCGCAAAUAGAGUUUUUGAAAGACUUUAUGUUCUUGACUUGAGCGUGAGUGAACUGUCGGCAGCUUUAGUCAGUCCAGCACGGCUGCUGUCAGAGAGGCCGAGGGGGCCUACAGCUCCCAGGUAGCUCCGCCCAGUCCGGGGACUCCAACUCCCGGCGGGCAGUGCGGCGGACGGGCGGCCUGCGCGUUGCCUGCAAGACCCGGAGAGGGCGCGGGCUGCCCGGCGCGGUGCCCGCAGGACCCCGGCGCCUACCCAUGCUGAGGUGAGUCCGCGGGAGCCGCCGCCGCUGUCCGGUCACUGCUGCCGCUCCGCGCGGCCUCUCCGCGGCCAGGAUGCUGGAGGAAGCGGGCGAGGUGCUGGAGAACAUGUUGAAGGCGUCGUGUCUGCCGCUCGGUUUCAUCGUCUUCCUGCCCGCGGUGCUGCUGCUCGUGGCGCCGCCGCUGCCCGCCGCCGACGCGGCGCACGAAUUCACCGUCUACCGCAUGCAGCAGUACGACCUGCAGGGACAGCCCUACGGCACGCGCAACGCGGUGCUCAACACGGAGGCGCGCACCGUGGACGCGGACGUGCUCAGCCGCCGCUGCGUGCUCAUGCGGCUGCUGGACUUCUCCUACGAGCGGUACCAGCGGGCACUGCGGCAGUCGGCGGGCGCCGUGGUCAUCAUCCUGCCGCGGGCCAUGGCCGCCGUGCCCCAGGAGGUCAUCCGGCGAUUCAUGGAGACGGAGCCCGAGAUGCUGGCCAUGGAGACCGUCGUGCCUGUGUAUUUCGCGGUGGAGGACGAGGCCCUCCUGUCCAUCUACGAGCAGACGCAGGCCGCCUCGGCCUCCCGAGGCUCUGCCUCCGCGGCUGAAGUGCUGCUUCACACCGCCACUGCCAACGGCUUCCAGAUGGUGACCAGCGGGGUGCAGAGCAAGGCUGUGAGUGACUGGCUCAUCGCCAGCGUGGAGGGGCGGCUGACAGGGCUGGGCGGAGAAGACCUCCCCACCGUCGUCAUCGUGGCCCACUAUGAUGCUUUCGGCGUCGCCCCGUGGCUGUCUCACGGCGCCGACUCCAACGGCAGCGGCGUCUCUGUGCUGCUGGAGCUCGCCCGGCUCUUCUCCAGGCUCUACACCCGCAAGCGCACUCACGCCGCGUACAAUCUCCUGUUCUUCGCUUCCGGAGGGGGCAAGUUUAAUUACCAGGGAACCAAGCGCUGGCUGGAAGAUAACCUGGACCACACAGAUUCCAGUCUGCUGCAGGACAACGUGGCCUUCGUCCUCUGCCUGGACACAGUGGGCCGGGGGGACAGCUUGCACCUGCAUGUGUCCAAGCCGCCCAGGGAGGGGACCCUGCAGCACGUGUUCUUGCGGGAGCUGGAGAUGGUGGCUGCCCACCAGUUCCCGGAGGUGCGGUUCUCCAUGGUGCACAAGAAGAUCAACCUGGCGGAGGACAUGCUGGCCUGGGAGCACGAGCGCUUUGCCAUCCGCCGGCUGCCGGCCUUCACCCUGUCCCACCUGGAGAGCCACCGUGACGGCCAGCGCAGCAGCAUCAUGGACGUGAGGUCUCGAGUUGACUCUAAAACCCUGACCCGGAACACGAGGCUCAUCGCAGAGGCCCUGACCCGGGUCAUCUACAACCUGACCGAGAAGGGGACGCCCCCGGACAUGCCUGUCUUCACAGAGCAGAUGCAGAUCCAGCAGGAGCAGCUGGACUCCGUGAUGGACUGGCUCACCAAGCAGCCCCGGGCGGCCCAGCUGGUGGGCAAGGACAGCACCUUCCUGAGCACGCUCGAGCACUACCUGGGCCGCUACCUGAAGGAGGUGAAGCAGCAUCACAUCAAGGCGGACAAGCGGGAUCCCGAGUUUGUCUUCUAUGACCAGCUGAAGCAGGUGAUGAACGCGUACAGGGUCAAGCCAGCCAUUUUCGACCUGCUCCUGGCUGUCUGCAUUGGUGCCUACCUUGGGAUGGCCUACACGGCGGUGCAGCAUUUCGACCUCCUGUACAGAACAGUUCAGAGGCUGCUCCUGAAAGCCAAGACGCAGUGACAGGCCGCUGCACCUGCCCGCCGCCCCGCGGCGCGUCCGACUUCCAACGCUCGCGGUGCGGCUGUCGAGGCCUGGGGGGUCUUCCUGCUUUGUCCUUUGAACUGCCUUGGAGGAGCAUUUGGGAGCGGCCCUGAGGCAGGCCAUGGACUUGGACGCAAGCCCUUGGACGAGCUCCAGCCCUGGACCCCAGCUCAAGAAGCCAGGAAGAGGAAACCUGGGACCCGUCCACCCGGCCGCGGCUGCCGCUGCUGCCCGGACGCCACCGUGGACUGUGGCCGGGGCUCCACCCGGCGCUGGCUCCAGCCGGCGCACCCCACCCCCCGUCCGUGACCUGGAUGUUCUCCCUUUCCCAAGGCGGCGGCCCAGCCCCUGGCCUCCGGCCCCGCCUCAGAAACCUCGCGUCCUCAGCUGGGGUGGGCCUGGGGGAGCUGUUCAGUGGGCACCCUAGGGCCUGUCUCCCCGGAGCCCCGCUGGGCGCCCAGCAGCCUCCCUCUCCCCACCCAGCUGUCGCUCACCUAGAUGAGCUUCUGCCACACCGCCCCUUUCUGCAGCGAGGGGCACUUCAGCAUUCCCCUGGCAGCCCCCUGCUUGCGGCGUCCUGGACCCCAGCUGCAGACCCUCGGCCUCGGCCCUCUGGGGACCUGGCUGUCCUCCCGGCGAGAGGCCCUCUGGCUCCUCUGCCAGCUGCCGUCUCCCCGGGCCUCAGCUCGUGUUUGCAAAGGGCUGCGUGCGUCGUGGGCGUGAGUCCAGGCUGGGAUCAGAGGAAGCCGGUGGGGCGGAGGGGGGCCUCCCGCAUGGGGUUGACCUCAGGGAGACCUGGAGUAUCAUUCAUUAGCAAUAUAAUCAAUUAAGUGUUGAGUGGGCAGGCAGGGCCGCGGUGGGAGGAGGACUCGGCUCUGGGCGCCUGUCUCCACCACCAAGGGCAGCCCCUCGCGCUGCAGCACCCUCCGACCCUCCCACGCCAGCCUGUCUGGGCGUGUGCGAUGCUCCUCUCGCCCUUUACCACGCCUUCCCCCCUGCGGCCCUGCUGGGGAGGGGCGCUGGGGGCCGAGGCCCUCUUCCUUGUCACCCUCUUCCCUUCCUCUCCUCCCUGCUGGGUCCCCGUCUCCCCAGAGACUGUUUAACUGAGUGCCCGGCAUCCUCGGGGACAGCGGGCUCCUGGAGAGGACUCGGCAGUUGUCAAGGUGGGUGUGCUGAUGGGACUGCACUCGCCUCCCCAGCCACUCCAGACCGGCUGCCCGCUUAGAGCUCAGGCCGAUGGGGGACGCAGUGGGUGACCAGAAAAUAAAGCCAUAUCGAACGAUCA